AUGACCGACUGCAAGAGGGCGGACACAAUUCAAUUAAACAAGGCCGUUCUCGUGUUACCUUGGCCCCAGUGCAUGUACGAAUGUCGACGAAACAAAACCGACCCCAUAACCGGUACUCAUUCAGCCAGUGGCGUUGGUAACUGUCAUGUCUCCCGGCGACAACGCUACACACACAGUCGCCGGUUGUAUGCAAAUGUUCACAUUUUUGCUGCUGCUCAACUGUUGGGAAGCUUAAUUGAAGCAACGGCCCAUCUAAGCCUGUUGAUUCGUAGUCGUCCGAUAAGCCGACUAACCCGCUGGAAACGAUUAAAGUGUUAUGCAUAUGCAACUAUUUCGCAAUUGGAUGGUUACGCUUGCUUGUCGGAUGUAUCUCUUUUCGGUGGUUGCGCCGAGAAUUGUUGGAGUGUGUCCAAUAGCUGUGCUAGUAACCAUGCCCCACACCCGCCAACCCUAUCUGGCCUUCUUUAG